AUGGGGCCAUCAAGAAGUAUGACUCGGUGUUCUUAUGUCCAAUUAUCAUCCACUCAUGGAGUUUUUUUUUUGGGGGGGCCCCCAAGUUUGAUCACCUGCUUUCCAGAUGCGGUCCCUAUAGCCAUUGCUAGCAGCCUCCGCCCGUGGUUUGAGAAAGCUAUCGCCAUGUCCUUCUGGAGCCUCGUGCUUGGGCUCCUGGCGGCGCUGGCCUGUGCCGUUCGGACGGGAUCCACCGGCACCAGCUGCUGCGUGAAUCAGGGGACCAACUUUGAAGCGAAGGACCUCAUGAAGAUGUGCGAGUUUUUGCUGUCCGACCCCCACGAGAAAAGUGAUGCCGAACGCCUUAAGAAUGCAAACAAGUGCAUGAGCAGGAUGCACCUAAGCGAGAUGGGGCUGCCGGACAUGAAGAUUUCGAAGCAGUCAGAGGACUGCGAGAUGUUCAGAGCGACCAUAUGA